CGUUGCCAUGACGAACGACAACACAAUGGCGCCCCGAGGGAUUUCUACCUUCCUGACAUGGGUGCCGAAUUAAAAACAGACAGAUGGAAACCAACGAGGAGCUGGCAGCCGGCGAUAUAGGAAAGAGGGGUGUGUUUUCUACCCGUGUUUUGGGGAUUGGAGGCCAAAAAAUGCCGAAUAUCUGAAAGUGGAAAGCAGGGGAAUGAGGGAAGUUGCAAUGGACAACGCAGUGAGGGCGGAAUUGGGGUGCUAGGCCAGAAAGAUCCUCAUCACGACCAGCCAGAGAGGAGUCCGACCGGGGCGCCAUGGCAGUGCCAAAUUCUCUUGCUAGCUCUCGCUCCUGCGGCUGAGUCACAAAGGUAUAGCAUCUCCAGAACGGAGGCUGAGGGUCAGAGGCGGGGAAUUCGUGCGGGGAUGAAAUUUCGCAAAAUGCCCAAGCCUGGCUAAAUACUAAAAAUCAAAGAAUUGUAGAGUUUGCGGGGACCCAAGGGUCAUCUAGUCCAACCCCUUGCACUGCAGGAAUCUCAACUAGGUCAUACAUGAAACAUGGCCAUUCACCCGCUGGGGGUGCGGUGACCGCAGGACUCGCCGUUUCAAUUUUCGGCUUUGGAAUUAGACCUCAACAUCUGAGAUGUGCCUACAGUGGUGCCUCACAAGACGAAAUUAAUCCGUUCCGCGAGUAUCUUCGUCUAGCGGUUUUUUCGUCUUGCGAAGCAACCCUAUUAGCGGCUUAGCGGAUUAGCGCUAUUAGCGGUUUAGUGGCUAUUAAAGGCUUAGCGGCUUAGCGGAUUAGCUGCUAAAAGGCUAUUAAAGGCUUAGCGGCUUAGAAAAAGGGGGGGGAGCGGAAAAAAAAUCUCAAGACUCGCAAGACAUUUUCGUCUUGCGAAGCAAGCCCAUAGGGAAAUUCGUCCUGCGAAGCGCAUUGAAAACGGAAAACCCUUUCGUCUAGCGGGUUUUCCGUCUUGCGAGGCAUUCUGCCUUGCGGGGCACCACUGUAUUUUGAUUGGUGAAACCGGAUUCAUGCCAUAUAUUGAACACACAUCCAAGGCAUGAUCCCCCCCCCCAAUAAUUUCUGGGAACUGUAGUUCCUGUCCUGAGGGAACAAUACUUCCCAAACACAACGCAUUCUCAGGAAAUUGUUUGUUUAGGUGAGCACAUAAUGAGUCAAUCACUUCCAUUUAUUUCUAUGGAGAAAUUUCUAACCCAGGAAAACCCUCCGAAACCUUGCAAAAGGCAAACAAGGAAGGAAAAAACAGAGGUCCGGCUGUUUGGAUAUCUCAAUCUGCGGUGCGUUUAGUGAGGUUUGGGAACUGAUUCCUUGAGUUUCGUUAAAUGAAUUUUCAUGUAACAAGCAUUUGGAUAGAGGAACAUUUCCAAACAUCGUUCAGCCCGGACACUGAGGUCCAGCUCCGAGGGCCUUCUGGUGGUUCCCUCAUUGCGAGAAGUAAGGUUACAGGGAAGCAGACAGAGGGCCUUCUCGGUAGUGGCGCCCACCCUGUGGAACGCCCUCCCUUCAGGUAUGAAGGAAAUAAGCAGCUAUCCUAUCUUUAAAAGACAUCUGAAGGCAGCCCUGUUUAGGGAAGUUUUUAAUAUUUAAUGCUGUAUUGUUUUUAACACUCAAUUGGGGGCCGUCCAGAAUGGCUGGGGAAACUCAGCCAGAUGGGCGGGGUAUAAAUAAUAAAUUAUUAUUAUUAUUAUUAUUAUUAUUAUUAUUAUUAUUAGUGCUGCGGUCAGAAGGGGCAACAUUAUACCAUUUACAACAGUAAUGUCUCACAUCAAAUGUAACUGAUCUGUAGAAAAGAUUCUACAACCUGGAGGUGGGGCGGGAGAGAACACACAUACUUUUGCAAACCAAGAAAAUCUUUUUAUUUUUAUUUUUUGUGUGUGGAAUCAAUAGAACAUUGGAGCACGGGCAAAGCACUCAGGCAGGGUUUUAAAGACCCCCUUUGUUUUCAUUCUCCAGGCUCCAUAAAGAAGGCUUGAUCCUCCAACGCUCCUCCCCAUUUUUCCUGAGGAGAACGGUUUCUCUCUCCCCGCUGGUGCAAAUUUCGUGGGUCCCAAGGAGGCAGAGUGAGUCUUGGAAAACCUUCUGCAGUACUACACAUGCACCAGCAGGGGGCGCUUUUGCCUUAAACAUGUGCCGGCAAAGUCAUUUGUUACAUAUAUACCAAAACGGAUUUUAAAACCUAGGUUUACUUGAAUAAGCAACUCCCCAUUCAUUAAAAUAACAGCUACGCUCAGGAGCAAGCACUGGAAAGGUGUUAUAUUAUUAAAGUGGGCAUAUGCAGUCUCCCUGCAAAAUCUCCCCUGUGAGCAGGAAUCAAGGUCCCAUUUAUACAAAAAUAACCUUUUUCUAAACCUAAUUGUGAUGGGGGGGCACAAUUUUGGCUGAAGGAGUGGCAUUAAAUUUACUCAGAGUAGACUUAUUGAAAUGAAUGGGCCUAACCAUGGUGUCAUCCACAAAACACAGUGAAAGGAUUAUUCUGCCACUUUAACAGACAAGGGGAAUCUUGGGAACUGUAGUUUCUUAAGAGGGCUGAGCAUGGCAGCUCUAGGAGGUCGGCACCCUUCGCAAACUACAGUUCCCAGGCUGCUCCGUGGCUGUGAAAGUGCUAGAAUAGUGCUUUAAAUGCAUGGUGUUGUAGUCAUGCUUGUUAAUUUCAAUGGGUCUAAAGGGAAGGAAAAGGGACCCCUGACCGUUAGGUCCAGUCGUUGCCGACUCUGGGGUUGCGGCGCUCAUCUCGCUUUACUGGCUGAGGGAGCUGGCGUACAGCUUCCGGGUCAUGUGGCCAGCAUGACUAAGCCGCUUCUGGUGAACCAGGGCAGUGCAUGGAAAUGCCGUUUACCUUCCCGCUGGAGCGGUACCUAUUUAUCUACUUGCACUUUGACGUGCUUUCAAACUGCUAGGUGGGCAGGAGCAGGGACCGAGCAACGGGCGCUCACCCCGUUGCGAGGAUUCGAACCACCAACCUUCUGAUCGGCAAGCCCUAGGCUCUGUGGUUUAACCCACAGCACCACCCGCAUCCCUAGCCAUCAUAGCUAGCAGCCAUGAAAACCCUGCAGGAUUUGUGGAUUGCUCUCCCCAGGGAGGCUCACCUGGCGCCUUCAUUAAACACCUUUAGUCACCAGGUGAAAACAUUCCUCUUUAACCAGGCCUUUGGCUCAUUGACCUCUCAGGUCCUUUUGAAAUGUGUUGUGGGGGGGGGAGAUAAUUGGGUUCUCUUUGCUUUUGUUUUUAUUAUGUACCUUGUGGUUUUGGUGUUGUAAUUUUAUGUUGUGAACUACCCUGAGAUCUAUGGGUACAGGGUGGUGGGACACAGUUGGCACUGUGGUCUAAACCACUGAGCCUCUUGGGCUUGCUGAUCAGAAGGUUGGCGGUUCGAAUCCCUGCGAUGGGGUGAGCUCCCGUUGCUCUGUCCCAGCUCCUGCCAACCUUGCAGUUCAAAAGCACGCCAAUGCAAGUAGAUAAAUAGGUAUCACUGUGACAGGAAGGUUAAUGGUGUUUCCGUGCGCUCUGGUUUCCAUCACAGUGUCCCGUUGCGCCAGAAGCAGUUUAGUAGUCUGUGGACAAACGCCGGCUCCUUCUGCCUGAAAGCGAGAUGAGCGCUGCAACUUCAUAGUCACCUUUGACAGGACUUAACCGUCCAGGAGUCCUUUACCUUUACCUUUUACCUUUAUAGGGCAGUAUACAAAUUUAAUUAAAUAACAAAAUUAUUAUUAUUAUUAUUAUUAUUAUUAUUAUUAUUAUUAUUAUUAUUAUUUUAUUUAUACCCCACCCUCCCCGGCCAGGGCCAGGCUCAGGGCAGCUAACACCGAAUAUAAAUUACAAUAAAACAAUAGGAAAAAAAAAAGAAAAAAAAUUAAAAUGUGGCUUAAAAUACAGCUUAAAAUGCAGCCUCAUUUUAGUAGCAGCCCAUAAAUCAAGACCAUAAAGGGAGGAAACAUCAGAUAUUCACCCGAGCCAGCUAUCCAUGCUGGUCCUACAUGGGCCAGCAAAAAAGCCAAGGGAACAUUUAUAUACCAAAUCCCAUAUACAGUAAGUGGUCAGAGUGAGUCCAAGCCGAAGGCCAGGUGGAACAGCUCCAUCUUGCAGGCCCUGCGGAAAGAGGUCAAAUCCCGCAGGGCCCCAGUCUCUUGCGACAGAGCGUUCCACCAAGUCAGGGCGAGGAACGAAGAGGCCCUGGCCCUAGUCGAGACCAAUCUAACCUCCUUGAGGCUCAGGACCCCCAAAGUGUUGUCAUUUGUGGACCUUAAGGUCCUCCUCGGGGCAUACCAAGAGAGGCGGUCCCGUAGGUCCAAGAGUCCUAGGCCGCAUAGGGUCAAAACCCUUAUUAUUUCCCAUAGAAUUGGCUAUGGGCCUUUUAAGACUGCAGACCACCCCUCCUAAGGAGGUGAAGUCCCUGGAAAAGACAACCUCACCAGCUUUCUUAGGCCUUCAGGUGGCUCUGGCUGAGACAACAUCUUCCUUGGCUCAGCUAUGAGAAGCCACUGGGAGCUGACCAGGGUCCUGAUCUGCUUUGCUGCAGAUUGCUCGCUCCAAGCUUCAGUGCAUAUGGGUGAAGAAUUGAAGGCUCAAGGCUCCCAGCUGGGCAUAAAUAUUUAUCAUUAUCAUCAGCUAUUAGGCGCUCCCUUGGCUGGAAUAAAUCUCUGUCAUUUUCCCCCUCUGGGGCUUAGCUGUCUUCGUAUAAGAGGCUCAAAAUUAAAAUCGUUCUGUCCCUUUAAUCUGUUUGAGGGGCCCUUUCGCUGUCAAGCCGUUCAUCAUUAACUGCUUCCUCUCUGCCUCUUAACGAAUCUCUCUCUCUCUCUCUCUCUCUGCAAUAUCUUCUUUAUUUGUAAAAGUAUUUACGCACCGCCAACUCAUGCAACGCAGCAUGACGACGUGAAACAGCAUAGGCAAUGAGACAUAAAACACCAUAAAAACAGUGCAAAACGGUUAAAACGAAACAAAAAUGAGUUGCAUGAGCCUGACCACAUUCAAAUGACUUCAGGAGGCACCUCAAAAUCGAAAAGGAAGGAGCCUUAGAAUGGGACCAGUGAUUCUAAGUAGGAUUUGAGUAAGCAGAGAUUCAUAGAAUGCCUUUCUUUCUUUCAAACAAACAACAAAAUGGGUGGGCCGCAAAAUUUAAAAUAAUAAGAAAUGUGCAGCAUUCAGCGCCCAUUUAAAAUGCAUUUGGGAGGGGGACUAGUGAGAUGUUUUGUUUUUUGUUUUUAUUAUAUGUUUUGUGUUUUUAUGUUGUGAACUGCCCUGAGACUUGCAGGUAUGGAUAGGGCGGUAUACAAUUUAAAUAAUUAAAUGCACUGCUCUGGUUUUGCCAGAAGCGGCUUAGUCCAGGCCACAUGACCUGGAAAAACUGUGGACAAACGCCGGCUCCCUCGGCCAGUAAAGUGAGAUGAGCGCCGCAACCCCAGAGUCGUUCGUGACUAGACUUUACCGUCAGGGGUCCUUUACCUUUACCUUUUUGAUCUUCUCAUAGGGUCUCCAGCUCUGAAUGAAACGUCUUCACCAUGUCGCUGACGAUGGAGGAACUGUCGACGACGAACGAAAAGCUCCGCUACCAAAUCAGUGACCUGACAGAGACGGUGGCCUACCUUGAUUCUGAGAACCAGGCCCUGCUCAAGGACAACAGCACCAUCAAAGGCCACAACCGGAGCCUGCAAGAGACGGCGGACAGAUUCAAGGCCGCCAUGGAGGAGAUGCAGAAGAAGGUGGAGGACAUCAGAGAGAAGAUGGACCACACCAACGCGAGGAUCCACGAACUGGAUGCCCAGAACAAGGCCUUGGCGAAAGCUAACGCAGAGCUCAGCAAGGAACUCCGCGAGGUGACCUCCCAGGUGGCCCUUUUCGAAGACUACAAAGCCGCUCAGGAGAAGGACCUUCGAGAGAUGCAGAACCUGUCGGUGGAGGUCAAAAAAUACCUGAAGAGCCUGGAAGAUAGGCUGCAGGAGACUGAGCAUCACUAUCAAGCGGAGAAGAACAAUUCCUCCCAGCUGAGGGAGAAAGUCGGGGCGCUUCUUCAACUCCGCCAGAGCCAGAGGAACGACAUCAAAGAUCUGCAGGCCCAGCUAGAGACCUGCGUGCAACAGGCCACCAUCUUGAGGCUGGACCAGGAAAACAGGGUGCAGAUCGGCUCGCUAAUGCACGAAAUUGUGGAGGCCAAACUGGUGGAUGUUGCCUUGCAGCAGUCAAAGAGCAGGAAAGCCAUGCACUGGUUCUGGCAGGUGGGCAAAGUCCUGAGCGUCUUGGUGCUCGGCUGCGUUCUCCUGCUGACCCUGGCCUUGUGCUACACCUAUUUUUUCAACCACGAAUUCAUGGCGGAGACCCUCCUGGCGUUUCUCGGUGAGCAUAACGUCAACAGAAUCGUGCAAGGCUUCGCUCACUACUUGACGUGGAGGAACGACGGCCUGUUGCCUUUCUGAAACGCAGCCCGCCUGGACUCCUCCGCGUUCCUACAACUUGAUUUUGACAUUAGAAAUCUAUGGAUUUAAAAACUUUGUAAGAAUCUCAAUAGACGGGUCUGGUUGUUUCUCCUUCUUUAUUUCAUUGUGCUUGGUUUUUACGCUGGCGUAAAAGACAUUAGUCAAUUCAGGGGCAGAUAAAAGACAAAGG